UCGCGGAAUACGUAACAGUGAUAAAAAUACAGUUGAUCAAUUGGAAAUAGAAAAAAAAAUCAGUUAAACCUGGCGAACCGAAUAUUGAAUAACGUGAUGAAGUCAUUCAAAGAAUCACUUGCAAAUGCAAAAAAUAUAUUGAUAUUGACGGGCAGUGGAAUAUCGGCUGAGUCUGGAAUACCGACAUUCAGGGGUGCUGGAGGAUUUUGGAGGACAUAUUUGGCCCAGAGUUUAGCAACACCACAUGCAUUCAAGAGCAAUCCGUCGAUGGUGUGGGAGUUUUAUGAAUUUCGGAGGGAUGGGGCUGCUAAGGCGCAACCUAAUGCGGCUCACGAGGCAAUCGCAAAUUUCGAGUUACGAUUGACAAGAGAAGGUAAAAAUGUGACAGUAGUGACCCAGAAUAUCGAUGGUCUUCAUCAAAGAGCCGGAACUAAAAACAUCAUUGAACUCCAUGGAUCAUUGUACAAGACUCGUUGCACCAAGUGCGACGACAUCGAGAUCAAUCACACCAUACCGAUCUGCCCCGCACUGGCGGGAAAAUGUUCUCCAGAUCCGGAUGCUAUGACUUCGGAUAUUCCAAUCGAAGAACUUCCAAAGUGCAAGAAAAACUCUUGUGACGGUUUAUUGCGACCACACAUAACAUGGUUUGGGGAGAGUUUAGAGUCUGAUGUACUUGACAGAGCUGAACAUGCGGUUGAGACUUGUGACGCUUGUCUCAUCAUCGGGACCUCAUCUAUGGUCUAUCCAGCCGCAAUGUUCGCACCUAGAGUUGCUGAACGUGGCAUACCUGUUGCCGAAUUCAAUAUCGAGGAAACUGACGCCACCAAUAAAUUUCAAUACCAUUUUCAAGGCCCUUGUACGGUAACAGUACCUGAAGCGCUAGCCUGAAUGCAUAAAGAAUCGAAAAUCACGUAGUUUAUCGUCAAUUAAUUCAUCAAUUAGUUAAUUAAUCACCAAAUUGAAUCAUCAUCAAUAAUAUUUUAUAACUAACUGUAUCAGAUAGCCAAUUAAAUUAUUUUCUAAAUUGAAAGAAGAAAAAAUUGAAAAA